GGGUUUUUCCCCCCCAGAGGCCCAAUUUUCUCCUUAGAAUCUUAUAAUUUUUGAAAAAAAAACAUAUAUUUUAUGUAUAUAAUUAUUUAUUUUGCUUUUAUUGCUAAAAGGUGUACUUUAUUUAUAUCUGCGUUUACUUCUGGUUUAUUUCAGUUUUAUUUAUUUUAUCCUUACUAAGCAUUCUGGUUCCCAGUUUCUUGGGAAAAAGGCAGGCUUUCUCCAUAUUUUUUAAAUAACAGAUUGUUUAAUACUAACAAAAUAGUAUUUCGGCAACUCGCUUCUAUGAACUCAGCAACUGGUCCCUCUGAGGUCAAUAGGACUUUCUCCCUAGUACUUUUACUAGCCGCAGUUAGUGAAAUUCAGAGGGAAGUCUCAUUUGGUCCAAUGAGAGUUACACACAGAGUUUCUGCCCUGGAGAGAUACUUGUGGUGGUUAUAAGAGGGUACUAGGAAAACAGGAAGAGCUAGCUGUUCAUGGGUCCCCCCCGGAAGCCGCAGAAUCCAGCCUCUUCCUCAGCAACUCUAACAGUCCUGAUCUUUGUCUCUCUUGUCAAAGGUUUGCUCAGCCAGAAGGAAGAUAAACUGAUGGUUCCCGCCUCCAUCUCUGUCCAGCGUGGCCUCUGUGUCCACAUUCCCUGCAGCUUCGCUUCAAGCCGGAACAGCUCCGAGAAACUCCAUGGCUAUUGGUUUGAGAAAAGAGGCAGAUAUUGGCAUUAUCUGGUCACCAGCUACAGAUUCCAAAGAGUCGAAGGCAUUCUCGUGGCCUCCAGUGACAACAAGAUGGUGUUGCACAACUCUGUGAGGAACCGUUUCCGAUUAACGGGCGACGUGACAGCAGGCGAUUGCUCCUUCAGCAUCCUUACCGUUGAACUCCAGGACGCAGGAGAGUACUACUUUCGCAUUGAGACCAAGGGGAUGGUGCACGACUACAAGGGCACAGCUCGUAUGCCGCUUAAAGUUGUCGUGACAGAAUUGACAGAAAAACCACAGAUUCGGAAUUACUCUCCUGUAGUUUCUGGGACGAAAGCUGUUUAUACCUGUUUGGCACGAGGGCCCUGCUUGAGGAUUAAUGCAAAAAUUUCGUGGACCACUAUUCUGGUAGACUAUAGAACAGUUCAGUGGAGACAGCAGCAAAGCAACGGUACCUGGAUCUAUGGCUCUAACUUCACCUUCACACCCUCCACAAUUGACCGGGGCAAAUGGCUCACCUGCUGGGUCUGGUACCCAAAUGUAAAGAAACGAAUUCAGAGCACCAUCUUUCUCGAGCUUACUGGUUCGCCUGAUUUUGACAAGACACCGCUGAAUGUAACAAGGGACAGACAGCUUGCACCCCGGACUCAGUUUCUUGGGACUACGGUGACCAUCUUCGUGAUAAUGCAGUACCUGUUGAAGGUUUUGACGGGCAUCCUGUUCUUUAUCGCGUGCUUUGUCUUUUUCGCUCGAGGGAGAUUCCGACGAGAGGGGAAUAGUAGAUGAUGCUGAUUGGAUGGGUCUAGUGCAAUCCCUUUGUGCGUGGAAAGCGUGAACGUCUCACAAGAGCAUUUUUUUUUAAAAAAUAAAGGGGUAUUUAAAAGUA